AUGAAACCAACUGCCUUUAUACAGUCUCCCGCUUGCUCCUUUGAUGCUUGCGUCACAGGUUGAAACCUCAGCUUGGUCUGACACUGAGGCAACUUCCUGCACUUGAAUUUAACACUGCGAAGUUUUUGAAGCGACAUAAGCCACUCGAGUCAGAAAGGGCUGCCGACUCGACAUCCAGUAUUCAUACUAGCAAAUAGCCAUGACUAACAAGCUCAACUUGAGGUCUUUACUUUUUCUUCUCACUGUGAGCUGCUUGGUCACUGGCAGUCAUUCUCUUGGUGUAGAAGAGAAGAAUCUAUUAAAUACAACCAUCUCCAACUACACGCAGGAAUAUAACAAUGAAACUGAACUUCAGCCCACAAAAGGACCUCCGCAGACCACUAGGAUUAGAGAUCUGUCCGCUGCAGCUUCCACACCCAGCCAGAAUACUUCAGAAAAAGCCCACACUCCGCCUUCACAGGAAAAUGGAACUUCUGAAAACCUUUAUAACAUAGAAGGAACUGAAACAAACAGCAGCAUACACCACUCAGCAGGUAAUGGAAGCAUUGUAGGUACUGAAAGUCCUCCACAAUCCUCAUUUCCUUCGAGCAAUAACAGUUUGGACCCCAUCCCACCAAGCUCUUCUUCCACAGUUUCUGCUUCAGGGGGAGGAACGGAAAAAAAUGUCACAAAUUCUGGCUCUAUUGUGAGGACGACACAACAUAUGGUAGUAGAUGAACCUUCCACAUCAAGUCCAAUUGCGGUUUCAUCAACCAGAGAAAUAACCACAUUGAAGCCAACUAAAAAAUAUAGCACCCAAAAAAUAGACGAAUCAACUAACAAAGUUUGUCCUACUUCUGAACCCAAAAGGGAAGGUCUUGUAGGUCGGUGCCUCAUUGCCAUUGCCAGUUUGACUGCUCUAGCAACCAUUUUCAUCAUGACCACCAUCAUCUUGGCCACAAAGUUGGCAGGGAACAGAUACAGGCAUAGGGCAAGCCUGCUUCACGACACCGAGAUGGUCUGCAUAUCUAGCCUCAUGAACGAUUCUGAUCAUCCUGUGCCCACCCCAAGGCGCCCGAAAAGCAACGGAGCACUGAUCCCCAUCACUGAGGAUGAAGACGGUGAUGAUCUCACACUCAAUAGCUUCCUGCCUGACACAGAAGCUGUCGCAUAGACACUGGAAUUGUUAGAUUUUGUAUGAAAAUCUUUAACCUGACUGAAAAUAAAAACAACCAUGUGUUUGCUUUUUGAUGAAAAUCAGUCUGGUCCCAUCCUCUAAGAUUUGAUUCUUGAUCUGGAGUUUGUGGUGAAGACAUUUUUCCUUCAUGCUUUUCCUUUACAAUUAAACAAAACUGAAGAACUUUGUAACCCUGAAAGAAAAUCAAGAAAUUCACAGAACUUUACUCAUUUGUAAAAUACUCAGAACGUCCGCCUGCACUUGCUCUAUGCCAAAUUUGUCAUAUCCUGAUGCAGAAAUAGAGAUUUGUUUUUUCUAGAGGCCCAAGAGAACCUGGUUGUUAGCACAGAUAUUUGUGUUUGUAUUGGUCUUGCAUAGGAAGUGUGCGAAUUUAAUAGACUGACAAGAGGAAGUGUGUCAAAGUAUGACAGUAGAGCUGCCUAGUGAUGGAAACCUUGGGCUGUGGCCUCCUUUCAAACCAAACCAAAAAAACUAAACUCUGAUGUAGUUACUUAUUUUAUUAUUCCAGGAAAAAAAAAAACAUGCACGUGCAAAAUUAACUGUUUUGCACAUGUUCUGUUUUUAGUUCUACUCACUUUACUGUUAUUUGCAUGCUGUAAUCUAAUUUAUAUAUAUAUAUAUAUAUAUAUAUAUAUAUAUAUAUAUAUAUAUAUAUAUAUAUCACAUGUCAGUUGGCUUAUUUUGUAUAGUUAUGUUCCUGUUUUUCAGUCUUUCAUGAUUCAUAAGUUCCUCCAAACAUGUCAGCUGCUGCCUUGUUAUUAGCAUGUGCAAGCAACAUCUUUCUGAGCUUUGUCUUUGUGUUAAGCUUCAGGAAGAGGCUCUCAAUGGACUCAUAGGUUACGCAAGCUCAUGGGACAGAAAAGAAGAUUCAUUAUCAUGGGUUCUUGCAGUGUGUGGUGCCAUGUUGUACAUUUAACUGCUUUAUCGUGGUUAGCAUGGUUUUAUAGUUAAAAUUAUUUUCUAUUUUAGGAAAAAGAACUAACUUGCCUGCAGUUACAAUCUAAAAUACUAUAACAUAUCCUGUCAGAAUUUCUUCGUGUCAAGUAAAAUAGGGUUAAUCGAACAUAAACAUCUCUAGUAUUUAUUAUAAAACAGCGAUCUUAGACAGCAACAAGAACAGGCACCCAGGAGAUCUUGAUAAUAGAUUGAAUUUAAUUUGUAUAUUUUAUUGUAUUUAUUUUUUUAGAAAAAGCAUCUGUAUCUAAUAACAACCAUGCUUACAGACUCCUACCAUAUUAAUAAUGGCUUUAUCAUCCAUCGCACACAUAUACACUUGGAACAACUUAAAGACAGAAGUACAGAACCUAGAGCUCAAGAUGGACCUGGAGCUGAGAGACAGUUAUUUAUUGCUCACAGAUUUCCAGUCUAGUCAGUUGACUGACUUAUUGGUACAAAAAAAUACUGCAUUUAAAUGGACUGGAACAGUAUGUGAGCUUAUCAGUAUAGAGAUAUUAGGUUCAAUAUAUCCUAUUUUAGUAUAUAGUGUAUUAAAAUGUUCAUUUCUGUAUACAUACUGAAUGUAACUUGUGUAACUGUAUUGCCAAAUGUAGGACUGUAUAUUUUGUUGAGUACAGUACAGUAAAAGCCUGCUCUGUGGAGUUUAUUCUCAUGGAGGCAAGUUUGUGUUUGUUAGUCUCAAAUCUUUUUUCAGCCUUUUAGACUCCUGUAGAGAUUUCUUUCUUCUUUUUUUUUUGUAGUGUAGCAAAUAAAACAAUCAUGAUGGCAUCAAGCUUUACUUGAUGAACAGAUGAAACGAAGGGCAUUUAUUUUGUUGUUUUUGUAACAUCAUCUAGAAAGAUGAAAUGUGAGCUCAAAACGUUAGGAUGAGGUCAAAUUGCUCUUGGAGUCAAUGAUAAUGAGAGAACAUUAACUGCUCACCUGUGAGACAAAUUGAUAUUUCAUUUGUGUGCAGAAAUUCUAAUGAUUUAAAAAUAAUGUGAUGUACCAAUUGACUUUGUACAGUCCUUUGUACAUUUAUACUGUAUAUACAGUAAUAUGUAAGCUCUAUAGUAGGACUGUACAUGGGAGGUUUAUUUUAAAACUUGAGUGUGUGUGCGCCUGUGUGCGUGUGUGUGUUUGUGGCCAAAAAGACUGUAAUCGCAAAGGCCUGAUGAGAGAGAGCAGAAACCUGGUUCAGAAAUAAGAGCUACACCCAGCGCCCACAGAGAGCCUCACCCAUGGGAGGAGGCACCACAUAGGACUUGAAAAAGGGACUUUAAAUUGUUUACAAUAAUUAUUAAAUGAUUAAAUAUAGAGUGAAUACAGUGAAUUAAAUAUAGAGUGAAGAGUGAAUUAAAUAUAGAUUAAAUACAGUGCAUAUGCUGGAUAUGAUGUUCAGACCUGGCAAUAUGAUAAAUACUUAUGUUGUCACUUUAGAACAUGUAGGUUUGAGUAUUUUGUAUAAUGCUGAUAUGAGAUUUUCACUUCUAAUCUCUCCUUUCAACCAUGAUGAGCAGAAAAGCAUCUCAGCUUGCAAAAAACCUUAAAGCUUGACGUGAAUAGACUACAACUGCAGAAGACCACAUCAGGUUCACCACGGUUAUAAAGAGUGAUUAUUUGAUUUAAUAUAAACUGGUCAUUGCUCUCUGAUCUCUCACAUUAUCGAGGGCUAUCAGCCUACAGACCCUCUACUCUGGAUGUUUUUAUGGUUGUUUUUCAUGCUAUCCUGUGUAAAUGUACAGUAUAGACGAUUGUGUAAAAAUCCCAUCAGUUAGUAAAAGUAAAUCAUUAAUCAAAUUAUAAAUGUCAUAUUCAGGAAAGUUCUCAUUCAGUCAAAUUAUUGUGCAUUUAGUUAUAGAGAGCUGUAGUGUGUGUUUAAUAAAUUAGCAAUGUAUUGGAUUAGUGUUAAAUCUAUAAGGAAUUCAGAAAUGCUUCUGAUUAUACAAUUCCCACACCAAUUAUUUAUAAUCACGCUCUCUUGGGUCACCUACAUGAGAAUGAGGUUAAGUCUGGAUCCUCUCAAGGUUUCAUCCUCACAUCUUCUCAGGAAGUUUUUUCUAAUCAGCAUCAUCUCAGGCUUGUAAUUUCUAUUCUGAAAUAUAUAUUUCUUUAAAGCUGCUUUGAGAAAAUGUCCAUUGUUAAGAUCGUUAUGCAAAUAAAAUUGAGUUGAAUUGG